AUGAAAGAUAUGCUAAGGGCGUGUGUCUUGGAUCAACCGGGAAGUUGGGACCGUUAUACGGAUCAGAGAAGGAAACCGUUGGAAUUUGAUGUGGGCGAGCAUGUAUUUCCGACUCCGACAACUGGGAUUGGAAGGGCCAUUAAGACCAAGAAGCUAAAUUCGAGAUUCAUUGGACCAAUGGAGGUUCUGAGGCAAUACGGGCCGGUGGCAUAUCAAGUAGCUUUGCCGUCUCACUUGUCUAACUUGCAUGACGUAUUCCACGUGUCACAACUCCGUAAGUACACAUCGGAUGCAGCUCAUGUGUUAAAGCCCGAGUUGGUCAAGUUGAGGGAGAACUUGACAUUUCAAGUAACAUCGGUGCGUAUUGACGACUAG